AUGGCGGCAUCACAUGAAGGGGAAAAUUCAUCAUCAGAAAGAUCAUCUCAUGAUGUACAUUUGUUGAAUCUCCCGAUCGAGAAUAUUACAUCAAUAUUGUCGUUUGUUACAUUAUUCGAGUUGAUUCCUUUGGCAAGAGUUUGUAAAUAUUUUCAUUCAAUUAUUUUGCCAUUUGAUGAUCAUCAGGGGAAUCAAGAUCAAGAUCCGAAUGAUUAUUUGCUUUGGAGAAAUGUUGCAUAUUGUCAUUUCAAGAGGCCAUUUGUUGAUUUGGGAAGAAAGAAGAGACGUGUUGAAAGAGUGAUUGAUAUUAAUUUAAAGUAUGAUGUGAAAGAUGUGGAAAGAAUCAAAAAGAUUAUCCAAAAUACUGGUGAUUAUUGGUAUAAUUUGAUAAUUGAUUUUGAUGGUAAUGAUUCUAUGGUAACUGAUUACAUGUAUUUAUUGCAAACUAGAAAAUUGCCAAACUUGAAAAUUUUGAGAGCAAAUCAUGUUGAUUCGUCCUCUGCAGAUGUUAUUUCUAAAGUAUUAUCAAUGUGCCCUGUCAUUGAAGAAUUAACACUCAAACAAACAGGAAUAUUAGAACUUGAAUUAGAGUCAAUCAAAAAGAAAACAUACAAAACUCUAAAGAGAUUAACUGUCAAUAGUUCAGAAAAUAUGCUGUGCGGUCCAGCAAAAGGAUAUGUUGUCCCAACAGAUUUUCAUUUUCAACAAUUGGAAGAAGUUUACUUGUCUGGAUUAACAUAUUGUGAUUUUUCUACAACCAAUACUUCAAAUCCUAAAACAAUCAAAUCAACACUUUUUAAAUCAAAGAAAUUGAAAAAAGUUGUCAUGGAGAGAUGCAAUUUGAUUUUUGGAAAUUGGUUCCUAUCAUUCUAUCCUAAACAAAUUGAAUACCUAGAAAUAAGGGAAUCUACCAAUUUGGAUAUAGAAAUUAUUGAGCAUAUUCUCAAAAUGAAAAAUCUCAAAACUCUUAUUAUCGACAUACAACAAACAGCAAAUACGGAAGCAAAUACGGAAGUAAAGUCCCACCUCUCAGACAAUAUUAUUUCAAGAAUAUUCAAAGAACUCGAAUAUUUGGAAUGUUUGGAUAUUACUGGUGAUUUGUCGAGCAUACGUGGUGAAUGUUUUCAACAUCUCAGAACUGUUAAUCACUUGACCCAUUUAGUACUUGACAGUACCACUCCAUUACACAUGAUUGACUAUUUACAGGAAAACAAGAACACAUCUUUCCUUAGAAACUCCUCAGUUCAACAUUUGUUCAUUUCUGGGGAUCAAAAAUUUGAAAGUGAUGAAUUGUGUGAAGAAUUAAUUCUUUCCUAUUUCAGUGAAGAUGUAUUGGAAGAUUACUGCCUGGAAGAGAUUUCGACAGAGCCAAAGGCUACCUUAAAUCUUGUCAAUAGAGAAUCAGUAUUCUACGAUGAGUACAAUAACUAA